CUUUGCUGCACCUAUGAGUCUGCACGUCAAUGAAUAGCCGCGGCCCGAGCACACACACGGGCGAGCCGAUUAUGCCGAGGUAAGGAGCCUAUGAGUCGCCCUGCGUCCCAGAAUGGCCUGCGAUGGUUCAUCCGCGGAGGAUUUCCCGGACAAAGUGAUGCCCGGAGCGGCUCCCUGCACGUGUAGCAAGAAGUGCAGGAGUCGGAGCGGCAGCAGCAGCAGCAGCAGCAGUGUUGUCUUCCUGGGAUUAUUCCUGCUGUCGCUGUCCCUACACGCGGUCACCCUCGUCUGCUAUUUGGAUCUGCGCUCCGAAGUCAAACGGGAAAUUAUCCACCAGAAGCGGGACUCUAUGCUGCCUCUCUCGGGGAGUGACCUGGCUGACCCGGUGGCGGCGGCGGCGGCGGUGCUCCUCUCGCCCGGACACCCGCGACCGGACCCCGGCAGCAGCCGCAGCGCAGAUCCCCAAGAGGAGAAGCUACUGCACAGAAAAAGCGACUUCCAUGCCACAGAGGAUAACAGGGGCAUAACUCAGCGAGCGAAAAGGAGUCCCGGCAAGGAUCCAGACACAGAAUCGACUGGAAAGGAGAAAAGGAAAGACAGGAAAAAAGGGAAAAAAAGGUCUGUGCCGGGGCCCCCUGGUCCCCCAGGUCCCCCAGGUCCACAGGGGCCACCGGGCAUCCCUGGAAUCCCCGGUAUUCCAGGAAGCAAUGUCGUGGGGCCUGCGGGACCCCCUGGACCCCCUGGGCCACAGGGACCACCGGGCGCUCAAGGUCCGGCAGGAGUUGCCGACAGGACCAAAACAAAGGAAUUCCAGCCUGCAGUGGUUCAUUUGCAAGGGCAGGAAACAACCAUCCAAGUGAGAGAAGAUCUGUCUCAAGGCGUCCUUAAGAACUGGAAGAUGGUGUCCAUCCAUCACCGCGUGUUCAAAAUGCACUCUCGCACUGGACAGCUAGAGGUGCUGUUGGAUGGUGUCUACUUCAUAUAUAGUCAGGUAGAAGUGUACUACCUCAACUUCACUGACAUUGCCAGCUAUGAUGUGAUGGUGGACUCCAACCCGUUCCUCCGCUGCACUUGCAGCAUCGAGACGGGCCAGCGCAAGUUCAACACCUGCUACACGGCCGGGGUGAGCCCGCUGCGCGCCGGCCAGAAGAUCUCCAUACGCAUAGCCCACGAGUACACACUCAUCAACAUGACCAACCACACCACCUUCCUGGGAAGCGUCAGGCUUGGAGAGGCUCCAUCUGCUGGACAGAACGGAUAACUACACAACCUCGUGCCCUCUGCAUGACAGAAAAGACGUUGCUCCGUACAGUCGCAUUAGUCCAGAGUCAUGCUGUCCUUCCGUCCUGCCUGAUGUAGGAUCGAUCCGCCGAUUAGGAACAACUUGCCGCCCAUGUCUUGCCCCCCUUUCUUGUCGAGGAAACUUAAAUCCUCGGGCUUGUUAAAGUCGAGGAAGCCCCAGGGUGACUUUUGUCCACUUACACAUGUCUGUAUUAAAAAGGACAACAAAGACUGCUAUGCUUCCCUCCACAUUGAUUCCGUGCAGAGAGAUGAGCCUUCUGAUGAACCAAACGUCCUCAUCGUACAAAAGUUUCUAUUUAUAGUCACCAUUUGUGUCAACACAGACAGCAUCUCUCUUUAUAACGAGGAAGGACACUGUGCUGACAGAUACUUAGUAAUUGCAUACUUUAAAGUGCUGUUGAAUGAUAAUCUUGUAUCUCCAAAAACACCAGCUAUUAGAAAUGUUUUAUUUGCAGUUUGUUUAUUUGGCCUGUUGGAUUAAUUUGAUUAUGUUAACAGUUAUUAAGUAGGUGGUUCAAAGCUCCAUAUGUCCCUGGGUUAUAAAAAUCAGUAAAAGUUUAUAUAAAUGUUCAAAGCAAGUAUAAAGUUAUCUAUGUAACGCUAACCAAAAUCCAUUAAAACUGGAGUUAUAAGGUAUUCACAGAGCAACAGCACUAUAUAUUUUGCGCACAUUUGCACUACAGCAUCCCUGCAGAAUAUCAGUGAUAUGUUUUGUUACAGUGCUAUUGUUUAGUUACCUUAUGAAUGAAUCCAUGUAGAAAAACGAUAGUUGUUAAUACAUGUCUGUACAUACUGUAUAUAAAAUGGGAUAUACUUUUGUAAAUGGAGUUGGUUGAUGGAUUAAAAUGUUUCAUUUUCUGUCUAAA